UUUAGUAUAAUGCGCGAUUGUAUCAGAUGAAGAUUAUAAACUCGAAUGUAAAUGAUUAGUGUCGAUAGCAUAUUAUUUUGUCGUUAAACGCGCACGUCGCGAUAUUUUAAUAAUUAUUAUCAUUAUUAUAUUCAAACCGUUACACGUUGUCAUACGAAUAUAAUGUUUUAAGUCCAUUCCGUACGCGUAUAUAUAUUAUUGUACGGUAAUAUUAUACGUGUAUUUUACGUCGUGUUAAUUUCGAAUUAUUCAAAUAUAUCGAUAUAAUAUUAAUACGCAGUGAUACAUGGCUCUGGGCGCUUUCGAUUAUGUCGUGCUUACGGUCACGUUAUUCGCGUCCGCCGCGAUCGGAGUGUAUUACCGGCUCACCGGUGGCAAACAGCAAACGACAAAGGAAUAUAUGCUGGGAGACAAGAAAUUGUCCAUUAUACCUGUGGGAUUUUCGUUAAUGGCCAGUUUUAUGUGCGCCACAGCCAUGUUUGGGUUAAGCGCUGAAAACUAUUUGAGAGGAACACAAUUCAUGACCAUUAAUGCAUCCAAUAUUAUCGGUACACCUAUUGUCGCCUAUGUUUUUCUACCAGUAUUUUAUAAGCUCGGAUAUUUAUCCGUUUACCAGUAUUUGGAAGAACGUUUCGGCAAGUCGACUAGAAUCGUUGCGUCUUUGGCUUUUAGUAUCCAAACGGUACUGCGUACUGCACUAGUACUGUACGCGGCCUCAUUGGCUUUGAAUGCCAUCGCUGGAUUUUCACCGACCGCGUCCAUGAUGGUCGUUGGCAUGUUGUGUACUUUUUAUUCUACCGUCGGAGGCAUCAAAGCCGUAAUCGUCACCGAUUUGUUUCAGUCGUUGCUCAUGUUCGGGUCUGUUUUUGUGGUCAUUGGAGUGGCAGCGGUCAACGUCGGUGGACUGACAGAGAUCUGGAGAAUUGCCUACGAUUACGGUCGUGUGGAACUGUUAAACUUUCAGAUCGACCCGACGGUCAGGCACAGCUGGUGGUCACUGAUGCUGGGUGGAAUGUUCACGUACGUCUCGGUGUACGGUGUCAACCAGGUGCAAGUGCAGCGUUACCUGACCAUGAAGGACUAUAAAACCGCGGUCAGGACCCUGUGGUUCAGCUGGCCGGUAACCGCUUUCAUGUCGGUGUCCAUGUGCUUCGCAGGACUGGCCAUAUUCUCUAAGUACCGAGACUGCGAUCCGAUCAAGGAAGGUAGAAUAACUAGUGGCGAUCAGCUAAUGCCCCUGUUCGUGUUGGACACGAUGGCCAAUAUUCCCGGAUUAACUGGUUUGUUUUUGGCGGGUGUAUGCUCAUCCGCAUUGUGUUCCGUGUCGGCAGCUCUCAACUCCUUAGCAGCCGUUACACUUGAGGAUUAUAUUACACCACUGGCAAACGUCGACAUACCCGAUGAGAAACGUGUGUUGUGGCUCAAAGUCAUUGUCGUCGUCUACGGGAUCCUAUCGAUAGUGUUAGCGUUUUGUGCGCAUUUUGUGGGACCGCUGCUGCAGGCGUCAAUGACGAUUUUGGGCAUUAUCGGAGGACCCAUGUUGGCGGUGUUUACUGUCGGCAUACUUGUGCCGUAUGUAAACCAAAAGGGUGCUAUGGUGGGUCUCGUCGUGGGUCUCAUCUUUUCAUUUGUCUUGGGACUAGGAGGACCCAAACCACCAGUGAACAAUUUGCCCACCUACACCAACGGAUGUUCGCCGGACUCGUUUAGUAACUUUGAUGUAAACGUCUUGUCUACUACUCAACUGCUAGCGUCCACGACAACACAAGUGGUUCAUGAAGAAAGUUACAUGUAUUUGUAUAAGAUAAGUUACAUGUACUAUAUAGUCAUUGGUUUCGCGACUACCGUAUUAUUGAGUUUGGUGGCAAGCUUGUUCUUCGAAUCCAAUGUCGAAUCACUAAAUCCGAAAUUAUUUUUUUCAACUAGUCCAGAAAGUGUAGAAAGACAAGUUGAAACAAGACAAAAAAGACUUUCUACUGUUUCAAAAACCGUCACGUUUUCCAUUAAUUCGUGAAAAUUAUCGUUGUUUAUUAUUACUGUUACUAAUAUUAAUAGUUUAAUUUUUGACAAUAUGUAUUUUUGUUUGAUUUCAAUCAUUGUAACUACGAAAGUGAAUUAUUUAUUUAUAUGUAUUUGUUGAGUAUGAUGUAUCUAUGUGUGUUUUCUAUUUUUACUGUAUAAUAGAUUUCUAUGAUAUUUUUAAGUAAAAAUUGUUAUAAUAAUAAUAUAUUAUAUAUAUAUA